CUUUGUGUUCGUGCUGCUGCGAGACGACUACAGCUCAUUUGCUUCGAAGAAAACGAAGACAUCGAAGUAAGUUCCUCCCCCAACAAACCUAUUGAAAACUGAACAGGGAUGGCUGAGAGCAAGAGGAAACGACCUGACGCCUCUUUAUCGUCUAAUGACUCCUUCGAGGAGCCGAUGGGCUCCUGCAGCGAGCCGUCUGUCAGUUCACAGAUGAGUGCAACUAAGCCCACAGGUCCUGGCUGGAUCUCUAUGAAGAGCGAUAGAUCUAUGUGUGAACCACUUUCUUUUGGUCUUGAAGAGAUGCAAAGACAGCAGAGUGUGGAGCCGUUAGGUUCAGAGUGUAAGGAGGAUUCAGUCUGUUUCACUGGCGGACACCAAACAGAUACUAAGGAAGACGCAUUUGUUGCAGGAGGCAGCCAUCUUUUGAAAGCAAAGAAGAAUCUUAAGGAAGCAAUGCAAAAGCAGUUCACAGUGACGAGCGAAGGUCACAGUGACCAACAGACUUCUCUGAAAUGCAUCUACACAACACUCCACAUUAUCACUGGAGAGACUGGAAAUCCACAUGCAGAGCACGAGUUGAGGCACCAUAAGCAUAAACUGAAACGACAAUCUUCUGAACAUUCAAUCAAUGUCAGUGACAUCUUUAAACGUAUGCCUGGCCAAGAGAAACCCAACAGAACAGUCUUGACAAAGGGCGUUGCAGGAAUCGGAAAAUCAUUUUCCGUGCAGAAAUUCAUUCUUGACUGGGCCGAGGGGAGAGAAAAUGAGGACAUUGAUUUUGUUUUCAAUCUUGCUUUUCGAGAGCUGAAUUUGAGUACAGAUAACAAAAGCUUACAUGAGCUCCUGACUGAAUUUCACCCUGCGAUCCACCAUCUGACAAAUUCAGAAGAUUUAAUCAAAGCCAAGGUUGUAGUGAUCCUGGAUGGCCUGGAUGAAAGCAGACUUCAACUGGAUUUCAAGAACAAGCCACUAACAUCAGUCAGUGAAGUGACAUCUAUGGGGAAUCUUCUAGCAAACCUCAUCCAGGGUAACCUUCUUCCUAAUGCUAACGUGUGGAUAACAUCCCGUCCAGCAGCAGCCAGUCAGAUCCCUGCAGACUUUAUCGACAUGGUGACGGAGAUAAGAGGGUUCAGUGACCCACAAACAGAAGAAUUCUUCAGAAGGAGAUUUAGAAAUGACCCAGGCCUCGCUGACAGGAUCAUUUCACACAUUCGCUCUUCACAGAGUCUCGACAUCAUGUGCCAGAUCCCGAUCUUCUGCUGGAUUUCUGCCGUGUUAUUUCAGGAGAUCUUUGGAGGAGAUGACAAAGCUGAAACUCCUCAAACUCUAACAGAGAUGAUGGCCCAUUUCCUGUUUGCCCAGACAAUACGCAGAAGCAGAAAAUAUGACCAGAAGACAGAGGAAAACAAAGAGAGCCUUCUGAAGACACACAGAGAAUUUCUCCUCAAACUCGGCAAGCUUGCGUUUGUUCACCUGCAGAGGAACAGUCUCAUCUUCUAUGCUGAAGAUCUGGAAGACUGUGGCAUCGACGUAAAAGAGGCAACCAUCUGCUCUGGAUUUUGCAACACAAUUUUUAGAGAGGAACAAGUCUUUUCCCAGAAAAAGGUCUUCUUCUUUGUGCACCUGACCAUACAGGAGUUCUUUGCAGCUCUGUUUGUCUAUGACUGUUUCACAAAAAACAAAAAAGAAGUGCUAGACAAAUUCCUCGAUCUGAAGGACAAAGAACAUACUUUACUUGAUCUUGUAAAGAUGACAGUUGACAAAGUGUUGGAAAAGAAAAACAGCCACCUGGACUUCUUCUUGCAAUUCCUUCUUGGCCUCAUGGUACAACCAAACCGCAGAGUCCUGCAGGGUCUGCUGACAUCACCAGAUCCAAGCCAAGGUACUGACAAGAAAAUCUUGACUUACCUCAAAGCCAUCCGAAGGAAGGCCCUCUCUCCAGACAGCUGUAUGAACCUCUUCCAGACCAUGGUUGAGAUGAGAGAUCAUAAAGUUAAAGAUGAGAUUCAGGAAUAUCUCAAAUCAUCAGAUCGUUCAAAAACAGAACUGACUCCACUGCACUGCUCUGCAUUGGCCUACAUGUUACUGGUAUCAAAGAAUGAUCUGGAUGUGUUGGACUUGAAGAGUUACAACACAUCAGACGAAGGCAGAAGGAGGCUGAUACCAGCUGUGAGGAUCAGCAGCAAGGCCAUACUAGCAGACUGCAAAGUGACUCCAGAGUUGGUUGAGCACUUGGCCUUUGCUCUCAAGCACCCCAACUCAGCUCUGAGAGACCUGGACCUCAGCAACAAUGACCUGAAAGACUCAGGAGUGGCGCUUCUUUGUGAAGGCCUGUCGAGUCAAUGCUGCAGAUUGGAGACACUGAGGUUGUCAGGUUGUCAGGUCACGGAGGAAGGCUGUGCUUUUCUUGCCUCGGCUCUACAGUGCAACACCUCUCAUCUAAUAAAGCUGGACCUGAGCUACAACCAUCCGGGAGACUCAGGAGAGAAGCUGCUCUUUGAGCUGAAGAACGAUCAACAAUCUAAGCUCAGCAUACUCAACACUGAACAUGGUGGAAGUCAAAGGUUGAAACCAGGCUUUAAGAAAUAUGCCUGUGAGCUCACGUUGGACGCUAACACAGCCCAUAAGAACCUGCUUCUCUCUGAAGGGAACAGAAAGGUGACCUGGGUGGAAGACGAGCAGCCAUAUCCACCUCACCAAGCAAGGUUCCAGCAGGUGCUGUGUGAACAGGGUCUAGAUGGGCGCUGCUACUGGGAGGUCGAGGUUUUUGGACCCUUAAGCGUUGGAGUCACAUACAGAGGAGCUGACAAGAAAAGGAGGAUGGACGUGUUCAAGAUGGGAUACAGUGACAAGUCUUGGUGUCUGGUUUGCUCUAAUGAUGGCAAUUACGUUUCGCACAGCAACAAGAAAGUCGAUGUGUCCCCACUGGGAUGGCGGUCCAGUCGGGUGGGGGUGUAUCUGGAUUGUCCGGCUGGCACUCUGUCCUUUUACAGAGUUUCCUCUGACAGUCGGACUCGCCUCCAUACCUACAAAACAAAGUUCAAUGAGCCCCUGUAUCCGGCUGUUGAACUUGAACACAUUCAGUCUUCUGCAUUAUUCUGUCAGCUUAUAUAACCAACCUUUCAGUGCGUUCACUCCAGCACCAACCCCUGGCCUCCAGUUUAGGUUAUUUCCCAAUAAAACUCUAAACAUGUAAUUGUAGUGUAACAAUGCCCUACUGUCUUAUAGACCAAUUUCGAGUGGAUGUCACAGUUACGUCACAGUAGUUGCAUGCGCACACUGGUGGCAGAAAAACAAUGGACAUUGGAGAUAAACUGUUGAGAUACCCGGAAUAAAAAUGUCUUCUUGUGCCGGGAAUACAGAAUAAGACAUACUUCAUUUUUAUAGAAAACUCUCGCAGAGGACGCAGUAGUAGAAAAUAAAGUUUUGUCUCCAGUUAAUUAUAAUCUCGAUAUUCAGGAUAUAGUCGCUGCUGGACACUCGGUUGAGGAGUGUGUGUUUGUCUUACAUGAAGAGCAUUAUUGACGUGGUGAAAGAUAAUUUAUCAUCAUAAGGAACUGUAAAAACUCACAUUUGUUAAGCAUGGAUUUGUCUUAUUGUCCUUGGUUAAAACUCGUGGAGACUUUCCCAUAUAAUAUAAUUUAACAUGGAAGUAACAAACACCUUUUUAACUAGCUAGCUAAAGCCUUCUGUUUAUUAACUCCUUGUUUAUAAUAGAACAGACUAACUUUCACCACUGAUCAUUUUAGAAAUGACACCACAAGAAAACAUGUUAUUUUUUUAGAUUAAUGAACCGACACUGGCUCAUCGUUUGUCUCUAGCUCUCAGCAAUCAGCCAUAGGUAGGAAGCUAGCUAAGUGAGCUACAUCGCUAAUGUUAGGGUGCCUUUCACUUUUCCUGCCUGGAUGCAGAUGAACCAAUCUAACCGCACAUCUAUAGGAUUUCUUGCGAUGGUCUCUCUAAAGAGAGCUGUGGUGAAAGUUAAUAUACUUUGUUAUGAUCAAGGUUUUCAAAAGCAGACAUCGUUAGCUAGCCGGCACGCUACCACAUUGAUAAAUUGUACUUCCACUUUAAAUUAUUUUAUAUGGGAACAUCUCCACAACUAUUAUUCAAGGACAAUAAACCAAGUUUUUACAAUUCUUAGGAUGAUUUAACUUUCACCACGUUAAAAAUUAAGUAACUCAAAUAAGCCAAACACACAUUCCUCUACUGAGCAUUGGAGGCAAACCUUUUUUUAUCCACUACACGGAAGUGAUAAUCUCAUGGAUAUAAAAAUGACUCAGUUAAGAAAUCAGUCAUAGUGCUUUUUACAUUUCUUUUUAGUGUUCACACCAACACUACUAGCUUCUCUUUCUGCCACCAGUUUGGCUCCACCCACAGAAAACGUCAUCUCUGUUAACAAACACAAAAAAAACAAAACACAAACACUAAAAGGGUCUAUAGAUUAAACUAAACAGGUCUCACCACAUAACUAAAUUUGCAUCCUAGACGUUACAAAUUUGAAUUGCUAUGUGCAUUUAUUUAAAGGUGCAAUUCAAAUAAGCAAUUAUAUGAAUAUACAACUAUUUUAAUAAUCCAUUCAUUUCAAUUUUGAUCUUUUUCUCUGGCAAGAAUAGCAAAUAGUGAGGAUUAUGAUAUUAAAAUUUCAUGGAAACUGUAAUCGGUAUUUUUAUACAAUUUUUUGACAUGUCAUUAACAAAACUACUAAUCAAUUCAUCGAGAAAAUAAUCAGCAGAUGAAAUGAUAAUUGAAUUUACUACUAGUUGCAACCCUGUUACAGUAACUGUAGUAUUUAUUUACUGCUGACUGUGUGGGCAGCCAUAUUUAUUUGACAUCAUGGCAUGAAAACAGUUUUAGGAAACUACCAGAAGACCUGACUCACAACUUUUACUGAUCAACUGAACUUUGUAUUUUAUGUUUUUGGGUUUUUUUCCUUUACAGGUAGUAAAAAAACUAAUUUUAACUGAAUUUAUUCUGUGUCUAGUUUCUGGAACACUUAUUGAAGAAGUUAUUGAUAAUUCAGUACUGCACUUUUUUUAAGUUCUUGUAAGAAUGGGCUUUGUGUACUUUGUGAGUUUGUUUAGUGGUACUCUAAAUAACGUAAAAUGAGUCUGAUGAGCAGGGCAGGAAUUCAUAUUUUUACGUUUUUACAACAGUGAUAUGAUGUAACUACAGUAGGAGCUCUCAUUUCAUUUGUCUGGCUUCUCAUAAAAUACCAGUAGAUGUUAGUCUGUGUGAUCUUGUGUAAAAUAAACAGACAAUUUGGCUGCUGUGUAUGAAGGACCUUAAGAAAAUAUAAUCAAGUGUUUUUUGGUUGUUUUUUUUGGGGUGGGGCUUAUGAUCUGGUAUGUUGCACUGGCUAAUACGGUUUCCUUUUAUGUCAAAUAAACAAUUAUUCAAUUCUC